AUGGCAUGCAAAAGGAUGGACGCGAAUGGUACAAGAUCGAGCUCCCGCCAUGGCUCUCCAGUCCACAGCACCUGCCCCACGCCUGAAGUGUCCCCCUCAGAGAACCGCAGCUGCAGCUCAGACAGUCUGGAAUACCUCAGCACCAGACGCGGAACCGUCAUCCCCAACCGCAUCUUUGUUGGAGGCGUCAACCACAAGGUGUGUGAGAGUGAUCUGUGGAACAUAUUCUCUCAGUACGGGACAGUCAGCGAGGUCAACAUCAUCCAAAACCAGAGCAGACCCAACAAUCGGUAUGGAUUUGUGACUUUUGAAAACCCGGGCGAUGCUCAAAGACUGCUCCUUGAUGUGAAUAGGAUUUAUUAUAAAGACAACAGGCUAAUCAUUCGGCCAGCUGUGCGUAAACUGCGUGGCUCUGGAAAUCUCCACCGACCCAGUUCCAGCAUGGUGCCGGUGCCCUGUGGAGCCAUGUAUCUCACCACCUCCUCCGGCAUCCCCUACACCAUCCACAACGGAGUGGCCUACUUCCACAGCCCCCGAGGCAUCCCCAGCCCGCACCUCUGGACCAGUCAGCCUGCCCCAGCGAUGCUGCCUCAGCCAUGCCAACAUGUAUAUCAACAGCCAUCAGCCUACCCCCAGCACUACCAGCCCCGGUGCUUUCAAAACCAAUACCAGUGGAUUAACAUUGAAUCUCCUGUUGGCUCUGGUCCAGUGAUGUACCCGCAGCCUGAGUACCUCUACCACGUCCCAGAGGGAUUCUCAGCCUACGACUCCAGUGAGCACUACGAUGCCAUGCUGCACCAGAGUUACUCCAUGUAUCCGCUCAGAGCAGAGAGACCCCCUCGCUUUAUGCCCCAAGAGUACGGAAAGGGCCACAUGUACCCGUCGUUCCCAUUGGCUGCUCCUCCUGCGAUCCCUUACUACGACCAAGGCGAAGCAGAGGCCCAGACCAUGCCCUAG